GUCGUCACCCGGUGUAACUUGCUGCUUAAAAUUAGAUUACAAUGUUAAGAGGAUGUAAAGUGUUUACAUAUUUCACAACAGACGAGUGUUUCUGUUUUACCUAUAUAAAAAUGUUUCGUCAGAAUGUUGGCUGCUCAGUUGAUAAGAAACUAGAUUCUUUUAUACCAGAUACCGAAAAACAGCUUGCGACUACAGCAAUAUCCACAAUUAAAUGUGUGGUAGUUGGAGAUGGUGCCGUGGGUAAAACCUGCCUUUUGAUUUCCUUCACAAACAAGUUUCCAUCAGUACCAACAGUGUUUGACAGCUGUGCUGUGACUGUAAUGAUCGAUGGUGAACCUUACACCAUUGGAUUAUUUGAUGCUGUAGGUCAGGAUCGAUUACGGCCCCUAAGCUAUCCUCAAACAGACGUCUUCUUGGUUUGUUUCUCUGUAGUUUCUCUGUCCUCAUUUGAAAAUGUGAAAGAAAAGUGGGUGCCUGAAAUAGCCUACCACUGCCCGAAAACCCCUUUCCUGCUGGUUGGAACCCAGAUUGAUCUAAGAGAUGAUCCUUCAACUAUUGAAAGGCUUGCUAAAAACAACCAAAAGCCGAUUAAUCCAGAGAUAGCAGAGAAGCUAGCCAGGGACUUAAAGGCAGUGAAAUAUGUUGAAUGUUCUGCUCUAACACAGAAAGGACUGAAGAAUGUAUUUGAUGAGGCAAUAUUAGCAACUCUAGAACCCCACGUGUACCAGAGGAAACAAAAAUGUGUUAUUUCAUGAGGUGGACAGAGCAGCCUCUUCAAAGAUGUGAAAACAUGUUGUGGUGUGGUAGAUCUUUG